AUGUCCACACCAGUGUCGAACCGUAAAUAUGGGGCGCAGAAAAUUCGACUCACAAUAUUGUGUGCAAGAAACUUGGUUCGGAGGGAUCUUUUCCGAUUACCAGAUCCAUUUGCUAAGAUUUCAGUGGAUGGUAGUGGUCAGGUAUAUUCAACAAAUGCUGUGAAGGCCACAUUAGAUCCAAAAUGGAAUACUCAUUAUGAUUUGUAUCUUACCAAAGGAGAUGGGAUCACAAUAAGCAUUUGGAACCAACGCAAAGUUCACAAAAGACAGGGCUCUGGAUUUCUUGGAUGUGUGCGUAUUCAGCCAUCAACAGUACACAAGUUAAAAGACACUGGAUAUCAAUGUUUGGAAUUAUGUGAAGACAACCUGGGUGAGGCUUGUGGUGUUCGAGGUCAAGUUAUUAUAUCCCUCCUUUCACGAGAUGGAACAAGAGGAGAACCAGCUUCUGCUGCUGGAGAGGGUUCUCCUUUAGCAGUGGUUGGACCAGCGGGAGAAGUGCGUGCACCAAGAGAUCCCCCACUUAAUACAAAUACAUCCCAUUUACCAUUACCACCACACUGGGAAGAGAGAUUCACAUCAAGUGGCAGGCCAUAUUAUGUUAACCAUGCACUCAGAAGAACCCAGUGGGAGCGACCAACUUCAGAAGAUUUAAGCCCAGUCCCCCCUCAGCCAAGUUCACCUUCCCCACCAAUACCAGCUUCUCCUACUUCUCCUAUAACCCCCUCUUCCACUGCAUCUCAGUCAUCACCGUCAUCGCCUGUUUCUGAAACAGAUGUUACACUUGCAACAUCAAUUUCUUUGAGACCUGAACCACAACCUCAAACUGCAGUGCGCUCACGUCAACCACCUAACCCUGCUUCACCAGCCAGUCCGACCAAUAUGUCUCCGACUAUACCUAUAGCUGCCACGGAUCUGCCACCCGGUUAUGAGAUGCGCACGACGGCGCAGGGGCAGGUGUACUUCUACAAUGCGGCGACGGGCGCGUCGUCGUGGCACGACCCGCGCGUGCCGCCCGCGCUGCGGCACCGCGCACCGGUCGCCGGCCCGCUGCCGCCCGGCUGGGAGAUGCGCCUGGCGCCCUCCGGCCGCCCCUACUUCGUCGACCACAACCACCGCACCACGCAGUUCACCGACCCGCGCCUCGCGCUCUCUGCCAGGCUCCCCAUAGCGGAGGCGAGUCCAGUGCCUUCGUCGCCAAGCAGCGGUAGCGGCGGGCAGACGUCACCCGCGGCGCCGGCACCUGCUGGCGACGCGGAGCCCGACGCGCUGCCCAAGUACAAGCGCGACCUGGCCGCCAAAGCGCGGGUGCUGCGCGCGGAGCUGCAGGCGCUGCAGCCGCAGACCGGACACUGCCGAAUCGAGGUUUCGCGCAAUGAAGUACUAGAAGAAUCGUACCGUCUAGUGAUGAAGUUGCGUGGCAAGGAACUGCGGAAGCGACUGUUAGUGAAGUUCCGCGGCGAAGAGGGUCUUGACUACGGUGGUGUGGCAAGAGAAUGGCUUCAUCUGCUAGGGCGCGAGCUCUUUAACCCACAUUAUGGGCUGUUUCAAUAUGCGAAUGCUGGGGAUGACAGAUAUGCACUGCAAAUUAAUCCAGAUUCUGGAGUGAAUCCCGAGCAUCUCUCGUACUUUCAUUUUGCGGGACGUAUCCUGGGUGUGGCGCUGUUCCACGGCCACCAAUUAGACGCGGCGUUCACUGCGCCUUUCUACAAGCAGCUGCUUGGACGACCCAUUACUCUAAGGGAUAUUCGAGACGUUGAUCCCGAGUUGCAUCGUUCUUUGUCUUGGAUGCUAGAAAAUAGUAUCGCGGGUGUAAUAGAUACGACAUUCUCAGUGGAAUGUGCAUCAUUUGGUGCGGUACGAAGCGUGGAGCUUCGGCCCGGUGGGACCAACGAACAAGUAACUGACGCUAAUAAACGGGACUACGUACGUUUAUACGUAGCGCACAGAUUCACGCGUGGAGCUGAGCGACAAUGGCUAGCUCUGCAACGGGGUCUCGCCGAUAUCAUUCCACCGCAACUACUCCGCCCGUUGUCACCACGAGACCUGCAACCCUUACUUGCUGGAAGAGCAGACUUGGACCCUGUCGACUGGCGACGGCACACCCGACUCAAACAUGUUACACCCGAUGCGCCCAUAGUGAAUUGGUUCUGGGAGAUAGUUGAAGAAUUCGACGCGGAAAUGCGCGCCAGACUGUUGCAGUUCGUCACUGGCUCAAGAAGAGUCCCACUCGCUGGAUUUAGAGCUCUACAGGGCUCCACGGGUGCGGCCGCUCCAAAACUCUUUACAUUACAUUUAGUUGCCGACGCAUCUCCAGACUCUCUUCCCAAGGCGCACACUUGCUUUAACCGACUCGAUUUACCGCCUUAUCCGACUAAGGAAAAAAUGCACGAUAAGCUCAAGCAAGCUGUCCUUGAAACUGCUGGAUUCGCCGUCGAAUGA